AUGCAGUCCAGUCUUGACCGUGUCCUCACUGCUUAUGUAGCCUUUGUUGAAAGAACCUUGCCUGAAGGGCCCUCCUUCUUCCUUCCGAGCUCGGGAAGCCUAGGAACUCCGGGAGGACGCUUGGCGGAAGUGGGCACCUGGACAGGUCUCAGGGCCCAGCGACCAGCUUUCCUGUGUCACCACCCCAGGCAGGCCACCAAGCUCCAGGAGGAGGACCCUGAGGACUCUGAUGAAGAAUGGGCUCCAAGGCAGCAAGUGAAACCUUCUUGGGUGGACUUCAGAAGGGAGCAGAGUAAACACCAGAAGGCAACAUCCGGGGUGCCAUUAAGCAAUGAAUAUAGUUUGAAGGAAUUGUCAGGAACAGCAAAUUUGAUGACUGCAAGUGACUCAGAGCAGGCCCAGAAACCAGUGUCCCCUCCUGGAGAAGCAUGUGCCUUUGGAAAGCACACUAGACAAAAAUCGGAACUCAGGAGAAAGGAGAUUGACUUGAAGAUGUACAGCCUACAAGAAAGAAAGGACUGUGUGUACCAAGAGGUCACCGAGCCCCAGGAUGAUGACUACCUUUAUUGUGAGAAGUGUCAGAACUUCUUCAUCAACAGCUGUGCUGUGCAUGGGCUCCCUGCAUUUGUAAAGGACAGUGCAGUGGACAAGGGGCAUCCCCACCGCUCAGCCCUCACCCUGCCCCCUGGGUUGAGAAUCGGGCCAUCGGGCAUCCCUGAGGCUGGGCUUGGAGUGUGGAAUGAGGCAGCUGAUUUGCCAGUGGGUCUGCACUUUGGUCCUUAUGAAGGACACAUCACAGAAGAUGAAGAGGCAGCCAAGAGCAGAUACUCCUGGCUGAUCGCCAAAGGGAGAAACUGCUAUGAGUAUGUGGAUGGAAAGGACAGAUCCUGGGCCAACUGGAUGAGGUUUGUGAACUGUGCCCGGGAUGAUGAAGAGCAGAACCUGGUGGCCUUUCAAUACCACAGGCAGAUUUUCUACCGAACCUGCCGGGUCAUCAGACUGGGAUGUGAGCUCCUGGUCUGGUGCGGGGACGAGUAUGGCCAGGAGCUGGGCAGCAAGUGGGGCAGCAAGUGGAAGAGAGAGCUCGCGGCCGGGAGAGAACCAAAGCCAGAGGUGCACCCGUGUCCCUCCUGCUCUCUGGCCUUCUCCAGUGAGAACUUCCUCAGCCAACACGUGAAACUCAGUCAUCCCUCUCAGAUUCUCCAGGGAACAUCUGCAAGAAAACACCUCCAAGCAGAAGAGCCCUGUCCAGAGGAUCAGAAUCAGCAGGAGCAACAUACUAGUACACACAGCUGGAAUGAUAAAGCUGAAGGUCAAGAGGUCAAAGAAAGGUCCAAACAUUUGCUUAAAAGGAUCAGUCAAAGGAGAAUCUCAAAACCCUUUUUCCAACCUUCCAAAGAACAAAUGAGGAGCUCUAGUGAACACAAGAGAAUGAUGGAGAAAGAGCCCGGCAGAGGUCAGAAAGACUGUCCAGAGGACACAGGCAAGUUCUUUGUGGAAAUAGGAAUGUCAAGAAUUACAACAAUCGAGCAUGGAGGGUGUUGGCAAGGCUUCAGUGAUGGGUCACAUCUCAUCAGACACCAGAGGACACACUCUGGGGAGAAGCCCUAUGUCUGCAGGGAGUGCGGACGAGGCUUUGCAUGCAAGUCAACUCUCAUCACACACCAGAGGACACACUCUGGGGAGAAGCCCUAUGUUUGCAGGGAGUGCGGGCGAGGUUUUUCAUGCAAGUCAAAUCUAAUCACACACCAGAGGACACACUCUGGGGAGAAGCCCUAUGUUUGCAGGGAGUGUGGGCGAGGCUUUACACAGAAGACAAAUCUCAUCACACACCAGAGGACACACUCUGGGGAGAAGCCCUAUGUUUGCAGGCAGUGUGGGCGAGGCUUUACAUGCAACUCAUAUCUCAUCAGACACCAGAGGACACACUCUGGUGAGAAGCCCUAUGUUUGCAGGGAGUGCGGGCGAGGCUUUGCACAGAAGUCAACUCUCAUCACACACCAGAGGACACACUCUGGGGAGAAGCCCUAUGUUUGCAGGGAGUGCAAGCAAGGAUUUGCAAGCAAGUCAUAUCUCAUCAGACACCAGAGGACACACUCUAAGGAGAAGCCCUAUGUUUGCAGGGAGUGCAGGCAAGGCUUUACCUGGAAGUCAAAUUUCAUCAUACACCAGAGGACACACUCUGGGGAGAAGCCCUAUGUUUGCAGGGAGUGCAAGCGAGGGUUUGCACGCAAGUCACAUCUCAUCAGACACCAGAGGACACACUCUGGGGAGAAGCCCUAUGUUUGCAGGUGGACUGAGUGACUCAUUACCAUUAAGUUGUAUAUCAAUAGCCAUAGGAAGUCGAGUGCCCCUUACUCUCCUCAAGAUUGUAAUUAGUACAGAAGCAACUUGUUAAACCCUCCACUUUCGAGAUGAGAUGGGGAUGUCAGCACCAGUCUCCUUCAUGGCUUUUUGACCACCUAUUGUAAAAUGGUUUGUCUCACUACAUCCCUCAUUCCCCCCAUCACUGAAAGCAGAGGGUCUCGGAAGAGCCACAAGGGUCUCGUACUCUCAGCCACAGAAAUUCAACUGCAAAUGCAUAAGCCUUUAGUCAAUCUAUUUUGGUUACUGUCCAGAGAGGGAUUUGAGACAGAUGCAUCGUGAAGGGAAUUCCCCUGGCUCCUCGGAAGUGGGGCCUCUUCUCCUAAUAGGCUUCCUACCCUCCUCCCUUGGCUUCUCUUGGCUCUUCUGGUUUCCUACAACCUCCGGAGCCUCAGAGGUGUGAACAGCACGGAGGAAUGUGUGCUUGUGCGUGGAUGUGAGCCUGGCUAAGGACAGGGUAAGGGUCUGUAGCCAAAUUCAGAAUUUGAGCAGACCCCACUGCUUUCCCCACAUAGACUGAGCUGCCCUAAGAAGGAAGUGUGAGGUUGGGGGUGUGCCUCCCCCUGAUCACCACCCUCACUGAGCCUGGGCAUCCUCUGAGCCUCCUGAACAUGGGCAGGUGGUACUGAGAGUGACCUGUGAAACAAGACCCUCACCCACCCCUUGCUGAGCACUGACAGGGAACAGCACCUGCCUGCACUGGGGUGUUAGGGUAGAUGGUGAGCCAAGGCAGGGAGGACGAGGAAGAUGGGUGUCACCCACGGACUCAGCAGUCCUGCGCCUGGUCCAAUUCCAUUGCCAGAUGUUCCAGCAUCACAAGAAACACCAUGCUAACACGUUGAAAUUUUAGGUAUUAUUUCUACUAUCUGGGAAAGAAAAGCUUUCAAAGUGUAUUCAUACCAAGGCCUAGAAGAUGGGAGGGGGUCUACAACAGGCAUGGAAAGACCCGUAAAACAAAUCUGGUUAAUUUCUUACCUCUGCCCACUAUCUUUUAUGAGAGGGUCUCUAGUGCUUACAGAAAGAGCCCAUUGUUAGCUUUGGGUAACUGCCUCAACUUAAACUGUCUCCUGUCAUUCAUCUAUUUUACAAGAUGACCAAGUGGGGUCAGAAGCAAGAUAAGGAUUCAGGCUAAUGACCCCCACACAUACCUAUGUUUGGGUAGUCCGUCCCCUUGGAAGCUGGCACCACUUUUACCCACCGAUCAAUAUGUAAAUUCUUCCCCCCAUCCUACCAACUAUAUAUAUAACUCCCCAGGACAAAGGGCCUGGUGCUCUCGCCACCCAAGCUCUUGCCUUGCACCCCCACCUCAGCAAGACCUGUCCUCUUCCAUGAGAACGUGUCACUAAUAAACCCUGCUUGCACUGUAAUACACUUGCUGAUCUGUAAUCCCUUACUGUGUUGGUAAAAAGUUUCUCCUGUGACAGGUGCACCCAAUCUCUACACGGCAUUCAUGAAGCCCGCAACACAGCAGCUUUUCUAAUACACCCUCCUUGUACCUGGGCCCCACAGAGUUUAAUGCUCCGCUGACACCAUUUCAAAAUUAUUAUUGUAUUUUUGAACUGGUUUGUGAAUUCAAUGGAAUAGCAGACAUGCACAAUGUUGGUCACUCCUGGCCACCUGUUCCCAGAUAAUGUCCACAAUGGCCCAGGAGCACAAAAUUCCCGUGGACCCAAGGGGUGGGAGUCCAACGAGACUCAGAGUGAGAACAGGGUAAACAUCUACAUCUGCAUAAACAUAAGCAAGGGUGCUAACAGCUCCCAGAGGCCACACAUUUCUUAGAACCAGAGCUGAGUUCAAUACACAGAGAUGUCAAACAUUUAGUGUGGACCCCAUCAGACCCUCUCCUGCAUGAGGGAGACCUACACAUUACCCACCCCAUUCCUCGUGGAGUGGGUUCACCAAAGGGGGACACCCUCCCCCAUGACCUGGAGGAUGAUCUCCGUGCCGCAAAUCUAAAGUUUACCAGCUUGAUGACCAAUCUGGGCAUGUGCCUGAGUUGAGGGUUCAGUCCCCAGCUGGGGCGUGUGAGAUGCAACUAAUAGAUGUUUUCUCUCUCUCUCUCUUUCCCCUUCCAUCCCCUGUCUAAAAGUAAAUAAAAUCUUUUUUUCAAAAGGACACUUGAACAACAGGAAAGUAAGAGCAUGUUCUUGGAGAGAAAAAUAUAAUGAUCUCCAUUUCCCACAGUUAUGUAUAAGUGUAAUAUGAUCUAGCUUAAAAUAUCAGCAAAAAAAGUUAUUCCUUACCUGAGGACAUGCUUAUUGAUUUCAGACAGAAGGGAAGGGAAGGAGAGAAACAUCGAUGUGAAAGAGAAACAUCAAAGGGUUGUCUCCCCACUGGGCACCAAACAUGCAACCUAGGCCUGUGCCCUGACUAGAGCUUGAACUACAACCUUUCGGUUUAUGGAAUUGUUAUGGGAAAAACUCAGUUGUCCUUGAUGAUGUAGUAAAGAAUUACAGAUCAGCCAGUCUGUUAGUGAGCAAGCAGGGGUUACCAGUGAUUCAUUCUCAUUGAAGAGAACAGGCCUUGCAGAGGUGGGGGUGAGAGGUGUAGAUUCUGGGCAGGGGAAGGUAAGGGUGGCAACAGGCAAGGGCAAAGGUGGCAGGAGACUCAGAUCCUUGGUCCUGAGGAAUUAGGUAGUUGGCAGGAUUGGGGUGAAGAAGUGACAUAUUAACUGGUGGGUAAAGGUGGUGCCAGCUUCCACAGGGGAAGUAACUACCCAAAUGCAGGUAUGUGUGGGGGUCUGUUAGCCUGAAUCCUUAUCUCACCCCAGACCCCAUUUGUUCCUCUUGUAAAACAAAUACGUGACAGGAGCCAGUUGAAGCUGGGGCAGUUACCCAAACUUAUAAAUUAUUUAUGGGCUUUCUGUAAACAUUAGGUACUCCCUUGUAAAACAGAUGGUGACCAGAAGUAGACAAGUAACCAAAGUUGCCUUGUGGGCUUCUUCUUUGGGCACGGUGGACACCCUCCCACCUACCACCCAGACCUUGGAAUUAACACACAGUUUAAUUCUAAGGCUUUGUUUUCCAGACAGUGGGAACAGUACAUAGAAUUCCCUCCUCCUGUGCUACCAUGUGUUUCUUGUGAUAUUCUGAACACCCGGCUAAGGACGGCUGACUCAGUGGGUGAGACAUGUCUCCCUCCUCCCUGUCUGGGUUUGCUAUCUACCUACCUAACAGGGCAAGGCUCCAACCAACUGAGCCACAUUGGCCAGGGCUCAGCAAAAUUUUUUAAAGUAAAACAAGUUCAAUUUAAGUUCACCUGUUAAAAUAAGUAAGAAUUAAAAGGUGUAUUGUAUUAUGAACCUACACUAAGUACAACAGUGGAUUAAUGCCCUAUGAAUAGACAGAUUGAUGGAAAAGAAUUCAGGAUCUAUUAAUCUAUACAGAUCCAUAUAGAAAUUGUGUUUUGUUUAGUUUUUUUAAUUUAUUGACUUAUUUUUCAUUUGGAACAUCUACCCCUGCCUCUCAUAUGCUCCCAACUGGUGAUGUGGCCCACAGCCUGUCACAGGUGGGCACAGGUAACCAGGUUCUUGAUGAUAGCACACAAAGAAUUGAACAGAACACAGAGAAUUUAUAACAAACAGAUGGAGAGCAGAUUUAUUAAGCAAUAGUACACUGCACAGAACAUGGGAGCGGGCUGACUCCAAACAGAUUGAUCUCAGGAGCUGGAGGGAUUCUAUACUUACAGGGCGAUACUUCUUGGCUACUUUUGGCAGGGUUUUAUUGCCCAUGUACAAGUAGUUCUAUUACUUUAAAGCUACUGCAUAUGUGGUCUCCCAUGAUCUUCCUUGACUGACCACCAGGGAAGGGGGUCCCACAAGGCUGAUUUAUUAUAAUGAAGCAGGGGUCAUGUAGCACCUUCUGCACAGUGGCAUUCAUGAUUCACCAUGAUUCAGUGCUCUUAGAACAGGGUCUCUGCACUGUGUCAAUGUCAUUUAGCUUAGCUCUGGAGCACCUCUGGUUUCCUCCUGACCAUCUCCUGCCUCAAACCCAGGUAAGUGCUCUGACUGGGAAUGGAACUGGUGAUCUUUUGGUUUGCAGACAGAUGCCCAGUGCACUGAGCCACACCAGUCAGAGCCAUUGCUUGAGUCUUGCAUGUGGCUUGACCAGGGAUCAAACCUGCAGCCUUAUUGAAUCCCCCCCCCCCAAGAAAAACCCUGUAGAGAUAUAAAAAAAACUUCACAUGACCCCUGGCUGUUGUGGAUCAGUAGACUGAGCAUACAGGCUUGUGAAUCAAACGGUCACAGUUGGAUUCCCAAUCAAGGCACAUGGCUGGGUUGCAGGCCAGAUUCUCAGUUUGGGUUGUGUGACAGGCAACUGAUUGAUGUAUCUGUUACAUACAUCGAUGUUUCUCUCCCUGUCUUUCUCCCUUCCCUCCCCCUUCUCUAACAAUAAAUAAAUAAAUAAAAUUUUAAAUAAACUUAA